CAUUUACUUUGUGGUGUAAAUAAAUAAAUAUUUGUUCUUUAUAAUUUGUCCGUCAUAAAAGCAAUAAUAAUGUCUUUGGUAGCUUAUGAUGCUAGCAGUGAUGAGGAAUCAGAUUAUGAAGAUGAAGCCCCCAAAGCUAUUGUUAUAGAAAAACCUACAAAAGCUCCAGUAGUGCCACAACAACCAGAAAAGUUAGCUGCUAGCAAUGGUCACAUAAGUGACGAUGAAGAUGAUUUUCUUCCCACUCCAGUGGAAAAUGAAAAGGAUUUUGUUAAUAAUCUAUCAACACUCCUCCCCAAACCUAAAAAUAAUGCCAAUCUGGCAGAUAUUUUGGAAAGUUUUGCCAAACCUACAUUCAAUGCGUUGCCCACACCAAAAGCAAUUACCACACAAACGGAUAUUGAAGAAGAGGACGAUGAAUUUCUGCAUAAAAAACCAAAUGAGGAAAUUAUUGAAAAACCCAACAAAAAUAAUGACGUCAAAAAAUUGCCUGUAAAAAUAACUAUACCAUCUUUGAAAAAUUUCAAAGAUGUGGAAAAGGAAAUGGCAGAUAAGGCUAAAAACAAAAGUUCUAUAAAUCCCACAAGAACUUCUAGCACAUCAGGUCUUCUAAGUAUACUGCCAAAGGCAAAGUCAGAGCAAAAUUUCGCCAAAUGUACCAACAGUUCAGGGGCUGAUAACAUAAAUCAAAAUACUACUAAAUGCGAAAAGCCUAUCAUGCCUGCUUUUGUACCUGAUACUGUGAAACACAGGCGACCUGCUACAAAUACAGAAGAUGUUGACAGACUCAAGUCUACGAAAAAGAAACAUCAUCCUAAUCAAGCAAAACAAAUUUCUGCUCCAAGUCACAAAACUGCUGAAAGCGAUGAGAGUGGUGAUGAAGAUAACAACACUGACGCCGCCACUGGUGACUUUUUCUCCUUUAACACUGAUCAAAGCCUACCGGAAGUAUCAGUCAAUGAAAUUAAUGCCCUUGUAGCCAAGAAAGCAGCAAAGAUUGUAGAAACUACGGCCAACUAUCUAAAAUCAACUAACAAUCAAAAUGCAAAUGGAGUGGAGGAAAUGCAAAUUGAUGAACAAGAACUGGCUGCUUCAAGAAAACGUUAUCACCAAGAUCAGCAAUUACAUCCAGAAGCUUUACAGGCGCUGGCUGGUAGCAGCACAAAGAGAAGGCGCCAACAACAGUCUGACAUACAAGUCAUCGAUAUAAAUAGUUCACAAGUAUUGCCCAAUAAAGACGAAUGGAUGCGCACUGCUUUGGCUUCAUCAACAACAUACCAACCUACUGGUGUUUUAGUUGACGAGGAGCCUGCUACGGGUACUAGACGUAAACAUCAAAUUACAUAUUUGGCUCAUAAGGCCAAAGCGAAUGAAGCCGAAUUGCAGGCGAUGUGGUCUGCGAAUCGUCAAAAUAGAAGAGCAACUCAGAGCAAAUAUGGAUUUUAAACUAUUUUUUAAACUUAAGUACAUAUUUUUUUUAAUAAAAUAAGAUUUUUCUGCAAGUAUAUUUUAAAAACUUA